AACUUUAGUCAAAAUGGUCUAUUCUUGACCAUAAAGUAACUGUUUGAUGCUUCGUAACGCUUACAACGUAGAGUUUGCGGGUACAAUUGGACGGGCAACGCGUGAAGGGACGUUACUGCACGAGAAUCGUGAAACGGCACGUGAUCAACGAUGGUCGUGGGCUGUCUUAUUUGCUGCCUUUCUUAUAUCUUUCAUUUCCAACGGCAUCCAUGCUUCCUUCGGUGUAAUGUACUCGGUGCUCAUUGCAAAUUUCGACUCGGGACGUGAGGAAACAGCUUGGAUUGGAUCUAUCGCUAUGGGUAUGCUGUGUUUCUUUAGCCCGAUAGCCAGUGUUCUCAUUGAACGGUUGGGAUGUCGAAUGACGAGUAUCAUUGGUGCACUUCUUGCCUCUCUUGGUUUCCUCAUCACAUCGUUUGCUCGAGGCAUAACACUACUUUAUUUUUCACAUGGUUUGCUCUAUGGACUGGGCACUAGUCUUACGUACUCAGCCGCAAUAACAGUUGUUACACGAAGUUUCGACAGAAAACGGAAUAUUGCAACAGGUUUGUGUACUUCUGGAAGUCAAUUUGGCGGGAUAUCCAUCGCUCCUCUUUCCCAAGUGCUGUUCGAUCGCUUGGGUUACGAGUCUACGUUUCGGAUUUUGGCCGGUCUUAUGCUUGUUGUAUCAUUGGUCAGUCUUGUUUAUCGCUCGGAUGUCGGCGAGGAUAGCUCGACAACUGCGUCACCCAAAAAGUCUCUCAGAGAAAUGCUUAAUGUAUGGCGGAGCAAACCUUAUAUCGUGUGGGCACUGGGUACUACAAUAGUCUGUCUGGGAUACAAUAUACCUCGUUAUACUUUGGUAAAAUAUGCAACCGAUCAAGGCAUUUCAAAAGAUGCAUCCGCUUGGCUCAUCUCUUAUUUAUGCGCCUCUUCCGCAUUUGGUCGUAUUUUGUUUGGAAGAUUGUGUGAAUGGUGUCCAAAAGUUGCCUUAUGUCAAGCAUGUAUUCUUGGUUGUGCAAUAUCGACUUGCCUGUAUCCAUUUCUCAAGUCCUAUCUCGCUCUUGUUGUUGUCGUGAUUUUUUUUGGACUCCCGGAUGGUGGCUUUGUUGCCUCUUUGUGUGUUGUCACCACGGAAAUUGUUGGCCUCGGUAAAAUAACCGAGGGAUUUGGUUUUUUGCUGUUUUGUCAAUCGUACUCAAACAUCCUUGGUCCGCCAUUGUCGGGCAUGUUGUACGACACUUAUCACUCUUACAAGGCCGCAUUCUGUUUUGCUGCCGUCCCAGAAGUCAUUGGGAUGUUGUUAAUGUUUCUCAUCCCUUACUAUCAACGAAAUCAGGUGAAGUACACGCAGGAGAUCGCGGAAAACAGCAACAGCGGUAUACUUGAAACUGACGCAACAACUAGCGCGUUGAAUCCCAUCUCCGAGACGCCAAUAUUCGAAGAUUGUGAAACACAACGAGAAAUCAAUCUUGUCAUUAAUUUUGCCUGUGAUGAUCCGAGUCUUCGUCUGGUAAAUGUCGUCAUCAACAAAAUUGGCGGGAACGAAUCGAGUGGAGUAAAGUUUACGUCAGAGAGAGUAAUCAUUGAUGCUGACCAAGAUGGGACAAAUGUAGCGCAAGCAGAUAUGCUCACAUCUCAAGGAAAAUGGUCUUCAGAGAUGGCUGGAGUUGAAAGCGAUGUAACAGGUCAAGUUGAAGCAUCCGAGUGUCAUGACACAUUUCUAUCAAUGGAGAGUCCUGAGAGAAGCACCAGUACACAAACUGUUACGCAUUAUACAAAUAUGGAGACAGAAUGUGCUGUUAGUAGCUGUAAGUCUACUGCCAGUGAUGCUAAUAUUGUUGCGUUCUCCACAGAGUCGCCUGUAGCAUCAACUUCAAACGAAGCGCAACUCGUUGGAGUAGAUGUUAAAAACACUCCUCAGUCUGUUCUUCCCAUUUCUACAUUGCUUUCCGUUCAGAUAAAGUCAUCGGAUGAACGCCUUGAUGCGACAGCAUCGUCUGUUAUACAUAUUACAUCAAGUAAUGUAGACUUGUCACGUGAUGAACAUGAGACACAAGAGAAAAUUAUCAAACCGUCGGACGACGACACGAUACGAUUACCUCCCCCACCCAAACAUGUGAAAGAUGCAAGGGUACGCCACACGUCAAAAAAUGAAAUAUAUGGUUGCUAUGACAGUCACGUGGAUGGCACGCAAGAGGUGACGCCAAGCGUUAAUUUGGAAGAAACAUCUUCAAACAAUCGGUCGGUUUGUCUCUUGGAUUGGACUGGAUCUCCGUCAGAUACGACUAGUUUAAAGACAGAAGUCAUGCAGGGAAAAGAAACUGGCCUUGAACAUGACAUAAAAUGCUUAAAUUCUGAUCUUGCCAGCUCGAAAUUGGGUCUCGAAGCUAAUCUCAGUGCAUUUGAACCAGUAUCGACUGGCUUGGAGUCACCUUGUGGUAGAGCUCAGAAUGACGUGACUGGUUUACCAUCUAAUUUCACAGAACUAACUGGAUUAGAAUCUGCAAUCAAAACCGGAUUAGAAUCUGCAAUCAAUCCAAAUGAGGAACCUCUAAUGUUGAAAAAUUUCUCUUCCGGGUUAAAUGAUCCAUGUCUGUCGCCUGUCUUUUCAACCGAUCAAUCGCGCAUGAGCAAUAUGAAAGAUGAGCUCACCUCGACUCAACUACCAGAACCUUUGAAGCCAACAAGCAUCAACUCAUUCAGCGACAAUGAGAUGCAAGAUCCUGCGAACACGGCUGAAGUCCCGCAAGCAUCCAGUCCAUUAUCGUGCGAAUUGAGUACUGUCAUUGCUGACGUCAUUCAGAGCCUGACGUCACAGCAGUCUGCCAAGUCCAAUAAGGAGUCGAGUGCAUCCACGAACGAGGGAUCUGAAUGUUUUGCUGAUGUUAAAGUGGAUAAAAAGGAGACGACUGAAAGCAAUUUGUUCAAAGCAAAGCAAUGUGAAUUUGCUGACAAGGUUGAGCCUUCAAACCAACCUUCUUUUUACAAAUUUCAAACGCCUGUACUUCAUUCCAUGCAAAGUAUUGUUGCCGAAGGCAGCCCGGAGGAUGUUGCUCUUCUUCAAGAUAUAUCUAUCGAUCUUACCCUUGACAAAGAUCCCUCGUUUGAUUCCCUUGUUACGCUUGACGAUUUAGCUGAGACCAACAAAGACACCUGUGAACCUCAUGUAUCCCAACGUAACUCCUUCAUUCCUUCUCCCUCAAGAAAAGUAUCCUUUAAGACACCAGCAGUUGCAAUUAAUAAAGAGACGAAUACACAGGAAUAUUCACCCAGCAAAGAUUUCUCCCUUCAAGAUCAUCAUUUAUCCCUGGGUGUUCCUAAUCAUUCAUCUUAUGUUUCACAAAGCGAUCCAUCCAAUGGCUUCAGUCAUCCCCAACAGCCUUUUUUUGCUGAAAGUAAGAAACCCGUGGAAACAUCCCAUUCCGAUCCACCAUCCCUCUCUCACACGAACAACGAUGGUUCCCAUCUUGAUUAUUCAUUUCAUUACACUGCGCAUGCGUCAGAGCAAGUAGGCCCGGGAGUUUUUUCUGCCGUUUGUAAUCCCAAUAACAAUGAUGUGUCAUGGACAGACGCGGUUUCAUCAACAUUCGACCGUGUAUCCAAGACAAACGCGGAAUUGUCAAUCCGAGAUCUUUGUAACAUGGAAAAAUCUUCUUUGCAAACGUGUGAAGCAGCAAUACCUAGCCCUGAUUUCACCGCCAGCACGAAAGAUCUUUGCUGGUCAGACACAUGCAAUUCAAACAAAGCAGUCGACCUGAAUCAGGCAAUUUCGUUGAGUCCGAAUGUUUUGUCUUACAGUCCAUGUUCAACUGAACAAAUUGAUGAAGUUUUUAAGACCGAUGCCCAAUGCGACAGGAUGCUGCCGGAAAACUUCCAAAAUCUUGACACCAUCGACGGAGCCACUUUGAACAACUCUAAAAUAACACCGUUUACCACUCAAACUGAUUCAUUUCCUUAUCUCACAACAGAACAAAAAGAUACAAAAACAAGCAUAGAAAAAGACGUUUUUUAUGAAUCGACUAGUGUGCGCUCAGAUUGUCCCGUCGAUGUUGUGAUUGAAGACACAAUAUUUCUUGAGAUUGUUCCAUCGAACUCUGCUCAAGAGGGGGAUAACUUUUCAGCUCAAGAAUCAGGCAACUAUACAAUCAAUCAAUUGCACAAUAAGUUGCCAAAAUCCCUCGAGUCGACGAAUCCAUUUUAUCAAGAUGUUCAGUUAUUUUGCAGCCAUGCUUCGUUCAUAGAAAUGUCUUUAAGUGGAAAAGAUUUUAUUGAAGAAAACGAAAGAAGUUUGAAGUCACUUGGCUUAGUCAAUGGAGACUUGCAACUGCCACAUGGCCGAAAAAUGAAGUUUCGCGUUCGUUGUAACAAGCGAAGAUUUAACAUAGAGAUUCUUGAGGAAAACGCCUCUGUCCAACAUCUUAAAGACGCCAUUUGUCGAGAGUUGUCUUUAAACCAUGCUUCAUUCAUAGAAAUCUCUUUGAAUGGAAAGGAUGUUAUUGAAGAAAACGAAAGAACUCUGAACUCGCUUGGCUUAGUCAAUGGAGACUUGGUAUAUGCUCAUUGCGAUGUUGAGGAUGAAUCCAAAGAUUUCAGUUUGUUGUUUUUGGAAGAACUCGUUCAAAUGGGAUUUAAUAAGGAAAAAGUUGAGUCAGCUCUUAAAGAUGUUAACUACUGCAGUAUCGAAGAAGCAUUAGAUAUUUUGGCGACAGGCAAUGAUAAAAAGACCAUGCAAAGCUCAAAUCGAAAAAUUGACAUUAGACAUGAAGGGCCUUCCUCUUCUAAACAUGUUGCUCAAGUUGAAACUGACGUCCGCCUUGUUCCAGAUGCUGCAUGCAACACUGCUUUUUGUCGUGAUGGUGUUUCCUCCACUUUGGAAAUGUUGUAUGACAAAGCCAAUAUUCAGACUGCAAAUGAUGCGCUUUGUGUCAUUGUUCAUGCUUUGAUGCUUGAGUCAGGAUUUUGUUUAAAGGGUCUUGGUGAGUCUGAUUCUCCUGAAAUUUUACCAUCUGGCUGGAAUGAUGGAGAUAUAGUGAAACUACACUAUGUACAUCAUCUUACCUCAAGCAUUGUUUGUCAACUGAUAUUUUCCGAACUUGGUCCAUUUAUCUAUGCAUAUGUCUGUUCAAAGGAGCUGAAAUCCAGCACUUAUCAAGUCAAGUUGAAAGUCUCCCAUUACAUUCGUUCAGAUGUACCAAUAAAGAAUGGUGCGAGAUCAACAACUAGAAAUCUGCACAAAUUAUCGACAACUGUGAAGAAUAAUCUCAUUCAUCCUUUCCAUGCUAAUUUACUAUCACAUCUUGGUGUCAUUUCGCCAUAUUCGUUGCAUGGCUUACCUCCUGAGAUUCAGUUGAUGAUUUUGAGCCUGCUCCCUGUUCGUGGUGUUCUCUCAUUAUCGGCGACUUGUAAAGCACUUCAUGUUGUAUGCAACGAUGAGAAACUAUGGCAGUACUUUUGUCAACGAGAUUUCGCUGCUGAAAGCAAUGAUCGAAGUUGGAAAGAGUUUUACAAAAAGCGCUACAAACAACGUCAACAAUACCGACUAGAUACAAGAACCCCCAUCUAUCAGCCAAUCAUCCAAAGUGUUCCACCUCCUUUAAAUCCAUUCCUACCACGAGUACCCCAAAUUUUAGAGUUAAUGCUAUAUGGAGAGGGGGAGCCAUGGAGCGAAUAUCCUUUUUAUCAAUCCACAUCCAUGCCAAUUAUUGAUCAUAUAUGCCAUUCAUGCAUCAUUCAUCCACCAUCCAUCGCAUUCAUCCAUCCAUCCCAUUCAUCCAUCAUCCAUCCCAUUCAUCCAUCAUCCAUCGAUCAUCCAUCCCAUCCAUCCAUUAUCCAUCCAUCAUUCAUCCAUCAUCCAUCCCAUUCAUCCAUAAUCCAUCCCAAUCAUCCAUCAUUCAUCCAUCAUCCAUCCCAAUCAUCCAUCGUCCAUCCAUUAUUCAUCCAUCAUUCAUACAUCAUUGAUCCAUCAUCCAUCCCAUUCAUCCAUCAUCCUUCCCAUUCAUCCAUUAUCCCCAUCCAUUAUUCAUCCCAUUGAUCCAUGAUUUCUGUCAUUUAUUUGAGCAAUGUUUGCAAAUGUUAAGAAUAAUACUUUUGUAAUUAUGUUGCACAAUAAUAUCGGUUGAAACUAAAUGUA